AUUAAUUAUAGAACUUCAUCUCUUCAAGGUCUCUCCCAAAAUAUCUUAGUCGUUCGACCUAUCUUUAUCAUCCUCAUCGUCAGUGUGACUACUCUCGUUCUCAUAGCUGUGGUCGUGGUGAUAAUCCUCAAAGUGAGGAGUAAGAAGAAAUUAACCAGAGGUCAAGUCGACAGAGAAGAGGAUUACAAGUCCCACGUGCCACUCAAGAAAGACAUUGACGAUUUCGUGGACUUGGAAGACAAAGGUCCAGAUAUAAUUCCUUCAAGGACAUUUUACAGAGCUUCGUAUCCAGGUUACCCUGAAGAGGAAGAUGACCGACUUUUCCAACUGAUGGAAUCUUCAUACAGUACCCCAGUAAGACACAGCAGUCAUAUAGUAUUAGAAACUAACUACAGCACGCCACGUCCAGCAAAGAGAGUUGAGAGUCUAUACUCGGCAUCCAGGGAGUUAUGUGGGAUUAGUCCCCCAAAUAAAAGCCCCAGGUUAGCUAAGGCCCAGGACAUCACGUAUGCUGAGUUAGCCUUGCCUGGAGUAGGUCAGUGUUCUUCAGCAGUUAGACGACACGAACUACCAACAGAGUACGCCCAGAUCGACUUCAUAGGGCAGCACCAUCUAGAGUAUGAAGAUUGCAGCGCCACCUGUGAGACGCCAUUGAUGAGCAGUAGCAGGUGGGAAAGUGAAGUUUAGAGUUGGAAAAGUUUCUACAACGGGGACCAAUUGUAUAUAAGACAAGUAUUAAAUCUUUUAGUUUAUAAUUACGACACAUUGGUUAAGAUGCGUAUCUUAAGAAAUGCCCCCCAGUGGCACAGCGGUAUGUCUGCGGAUUUACAAUGCUAGAAACCGGGU